AUGAGAAAAGCUAUUGCUUCUGCGGCAAAGUCGAACGUCCAGAAACACUUCCAAGUGAUGCAGACCAGUUACCUCACUCAUGCGGCCAACCAUGUGGAAAGGCACGCCCUUCGAGCACUAAUAAUCCAUGUCAACAUCCCUGUUCAGCUCCAUGUCAUCCAGGUCCUUGUGACAAAUGCCCAAGAGUUUCAGACGCUCGCUUCUGUUUCUGUGGAAAAACAACGUAUCGUAUACGUUGUGGUGAAUUUGAUGCAGGAACAUCUUGUGGGACUCCUUGUGGCAAAGUCUUAA